GAAAAUAAACUCCCAUCAAAAGGGACGAUUGCAAAAGUUGGGGUUAACAUUGCACUGAGCUGAAGCCCCACCUCUGGGGCUGGGAAAGUAAAAGCACUGAAUGGCUCUGGAGGCUCUGCCAAAGGAAAAGUUUUGCUCCCGGGACGGGGACGUGGUGAAUCCUACAAUUUUCAGUUGAGAUGGCUGUGAAGCCAGGAAGCAGGCGAUGCUUCCAGGAGGACAAAGCAGACCUGACAGAAUGACAAGCACUGCUACAAAGAGCAGCUGCCCGGAUCGGUCCCGGAAAGCACUCUGCAGGAACCCAUUUCUCAGCAUCAAGUUCUUUGUGUUCUGCCACGGGCUGCUGCAGCUCUCCCAGCUCCUGGUCUCCAGCUACUUGAAGAGCUCCAUCUCAACCAUCGAGAAACGCUACGGCCUCUCCAGCAAGACAUCAGGGCUGCUCGCGUCCUUCAAUGAGGUGGGGAACACGCUGCUGAUUGUCUUCAUGAGCUACUUUGGGAGCCGCGUGCACCGGCCCCGCUUCAUCGGCUGCGGUGCCAUCCUGGUUUCCUUGGCUGGGUUCCUCAUGUCCCUCCCUCACUUCAUCACAGGACCCUAUGAGUACGACCAGUCCGUUGCCAGUGUGUUCAGCAACACCACCGACCUGUGCCAACCCGAAGGCAUGGGCUCCUCGGGGAACCUCAGUGACUCUAUCUGUGCCCCCCACACCGCCAGGGAGAACCACGAGGUUCUCCUCGUCAUGUUCAUCGCUCAGGUGCUGCUGGGCAUCGGCGGUGUCCCCAUCCAACCCUUCGGGAUCUCCUACAUCGACGACUUUGCCAGCGAGAGGAACUCCCCCCUCUACUUGGGCAUCCUGUUCUCCUUGACCGUGGUUGGGCCUGGGGUGGGCUUCAUGCUGGGCUCUGGCAUGCUGCGUUUCUACGUCGACAUCGACAAAGUGGCUGGAGAUGAGGUCCUGCUGACCAACAAAGACCCACGGUGGGUUGGUGCUUGGUGGCUCGGCUUCCUGGUGGCAGCCAGCCUCGUGGCCGUGUCUGCAGUGCCUUAUUUCUUCUUCCCACGGGAAAUGCCAAAAGAGGUGACAAGUGGGAAGGAGAUCAGCAGCAAGAAGAGCAAGGAUGUGCUCCGCCAGCUCAGGUCGAGGUCCGAGCACGUGCAAAACCUCUCCCUGCUCCAGUUCAUCAAAUAUUUUCCUGUGGUCCUGCUGAGGAACCUUCGCCACCCCGUUUUCUUGCUGGUGGUGUUGGCUCAGGUCAACCUCUCGGCCAUGGUUGCUGGCUUAGCCACCUUCAUGGGGAAGUUUCUGGAGAGACAGUUCUCCCUCACAGCCUCCUUUGCCAACAUGAUCAUUGGUUCUGUGAACAUCCCGGGGGCGAUGGUUGGCAUCGUGGUCGGCGGUGCCAUCCUGAAGAGGUUCCAGAUGUCCCUGAAGCAGUGCAGUGCCAUGUGUGUCCUCGGCAUGCUGCUCUGCCUGAUCCUUGCCUUCCCCCUCGUCUUCCUUGGCUGCCCCACACAGAAGGUUGCCGGCAUCACCUACAGAGAGAGCUCUGAAUUUGGACACUACGCCUCAGAGUGCAGCAUCCAAUGUAACUGCCCCAGGAAAGCCUACAACCCCAUCUGCGGCUCCGAUGGCAUCGAGUACAUCUCUCCCUGUUACGCAGGCUGCAGUACCGUCAGCAUCGCCAACAACUCGGUCCUGAACUACACCAACUGCAUCUGCAUCUCAGAAAAUGGGCUCGUGGGCUCCGCCAAGCCCGGAACCUGUGGCACCAGCUGCUCCCACCUGCUCCUGCCCUUUGUGGUGCUCUCCUGCCUGGCAGGGAUCCUUGCCAGCACAUCCCACACGCCGUCCUUCAUGCUCAUCCUCCGGAGCAUCCAACCUGAAGACAAAUCGUUUGCAGUUGGGAUACAGUUCAUGCUGCUGAGAGUUUUAGCCUGGAUGCCAGGACCUGUUCUGUACGGCAGUGCCAUCGACACCACCUGCAUCCUCUGGGAGAAUAAGUGUGACAGGAAAGCAUCCUGCAGAUACUACGACAACAACCUCUUCAGGCAGAGGUAUCUCGGCCUCCAGUUUUUCUUUGAGGUGGGUGCUUCCCUGUGCUUUGUGAUGGUGUAUGUGAUCCUCAGACGGCAGGAGAAGGAUGCUAGCAAUGUAGCAGAGACCACAACAGACCCAGAGAAGAAGAAGUUGGCAGAGAACUCCAGAAAGAGUCCGGAAUCCAAAGUCUGAUGCCAAAAAAAUGUGAAUUGCAGUUCCACAUCCAGGGAGGUGAAGCCACGCGAAUCACCCUGAGUCGAACUGUGAAGGAUGGAUGCUUGGAGCCACGGACGAUGGGGCUGUUUCCCAAUUCCUCCUGCACUGCCUCAGGAGCCUUCCCAUGCAUCGUCCUACACCUGUCUCCACCUGAAUGGUGCACAAACAUUACCCUUGGACACUGCAGUCCUCCUCAUUUCUAUCCUCCAAAGCAUUUGUUCCUGCUGACAGCCUCCACGAUGCCAGCACUGACCACCAGCCAUAUACCUGACGGGUGUUUUUUUUUUUAAAAUGUUUUGUAAUAAAUGGUUUUUAAGAA